CACACCGGCACUAGCGGCGCUCACUGCCGUCUCAGCCACGUCGGGUGAGCAGCGUAGCUCAUCACCUCCACGUGCGCCCGAGGCCGGCGGUGUCGCCAUGCGCUGGCCGCUCCUGCUGCUGGCGACGCUCUCCUACACAGCGUCGGCAGUCGCCGCCGCCGAAAACCGUCCCAACUUCCUGGUGCUGCUCGUCGAUGAUCUCGGCUACGGCGACAUCGGGCCGUUCGGCAACACCAGCAUCCCCACGCCGAACAUCGACCGACUAGCUGCCGAGGGUGCCGUGUUGAAGCAGAGUCUCGUGGCAGCCGCCAUGUGUACGCCAAGUCGUGCCGCCCUCCUCACUGGCCGACUUCCCAUCAGAUACGGGCUAGCGCCUCAGGAGGACGAAUGGGAGAUUAUCCUGCUAGCGGCGUCCAGGUUGGGACUGCUGCCCAACGAAACCACACUGCCCAAGGUGCUUGGUCGUCACGGCUACACCAGCUCGCUCGUUGGCAAGUGGCACCUGGGCAUCAGCUGCCAACGCUAUGGAGAUCACUGCCACCACCCGCUGACGCACGGCUUCGACUCCUUCUACGGCAUCCCCAUGACCAACCUGAAGGACUUUGGCGACGACGGCGAGACGGUUUACGCCUCCGUCCACCCCAACGGCUUCCCCAUCCUCUACGCGCUGAUGGCCGGUGGAGUGAUGUCGGCACUCUUCUUCCGUCGCCGCUCACGGCUACUCCUCGCGCUCUCGCUGGCUCUGACCGGCGCUGCGCUGCUCACCGCACUCUUCUUCGCCAACUGGAAAAUCCUGAGCUCACUCAUCAUGCAGGACGAGCAGGUGGUCGAGCAGCCGAUGCGGCUCAAGGGCCUAGCACAGCGCUUCGUGGCCGAGACGGAGGAGCGGCUGGCGGCGCAUGCGCGCGCCGGCCGUCCCUUCUUUCACAUGCACUCAUUCUGCAAGAUGCACGCGGCGCUGGCGGUGGCGGACGAGUUCCGGGGUAAGUCACGACACGGUCUGUACGGCGACAGCGUGUUGGAGCUUGACUGGGCGGUCGGGCGGAUCCUGCACACUCUACGGCGCCUCGGCCUCGACCGAAACACGUUCGUCUACUUCACCUCCGACAACGGCGGCCACACGGAGGAGCGUGGCAUCAACGGUGACGUCCAGGGCGGCUUCAAUGGCCCUCUCAAGGGUGGCAAGGGUAUGGGUGGCAUGGAGGGUGGCAUACGCAUGCCGACAAUGGUGCGCUACCCGCCGCGCGUGCCAGCCGGAUCGGUGGUUGACUUGCCGGUCUCCAGCAUGGAUCUGCUGCCCACGGCUUUGCGGCUGGCCGGUCUGGACGUGUCGAGAGAGCUGCCGAACCGGGAGAUUGACGGCCGAGACAUGCUGCCGUUGCUGUCGGGUGCCGCGCAUGUCUCCCCCCACCGCUUCCUCUUCCACUACUGCAAGGCGACGAUCCACUCGGCGCGCUGGAUGGAGGACGCGGCGCACACGUGGAAGGUACACUUCUACUGGCCGCCGUGGAUCCCUGGCACUCAGCGCUGUCCAUACAUCUGUCAGUGCCACCAUUCGCUGGUGCUGCCGCAGCCGGCCGUCUACAACAUCCAGCAGGACAUCAGCGAGGAAAGGCCGCUCUCGCCCGACACGGCGCAGUACGGGCGCGUGCUGCAGACCAUGCGGAACGCCGUGGAGCAGCACCAGGCCGGCCUAGAAGGGGUGCCAAGCCAGAUGACCUGGUGGGACCACAUGUGGCGGCCGCAGCUGCAGGCAUGCUGUCAGCCACCAUUCUGUCGCUGCACCGACCCCAAGUAUCCGUGAACACGCUGCAACAUAUGGGUGUGUGGACGCGCCCUGCCGAUUCCGAGCAAGCCCGGCCCCGUUCUCCACUUAACGCACCGGUUCCGAGUACCCAAUGCGUGGUCGUUCUGUUGGUGCACACACCGUUGGUCGUAUCUCCUUGGUGUUGCCGAUCAUGGUCCCCGACCUGAUGCAGGCUGCCCUCGUCAUAACAUCGCGUUGGUGGUGAAGUCGGCUGAUCUGGCGCUGGCAGAAUGGCGGCCUAACAGACGCUCCGUUGCGGGUGCAGUUCCGUCCCCGUGUUUGUUCAAUGCUACUUCCGAACGGCGCAGCGUAGCGGCAAUACAGAUUGCGUUGCUGGGUAGAAAUGAAUAGCUGAUCUUGUGGUGCGAAAGAAAAAAUAUAUCU